GUGCCCCGGCGAGACAGGCAGGUAGUGAUGUGGCUAAGGUCCGCGGCGGAGCGAUUUGCGCGACGACAAAGAGAUGAGAUGUUGUUAGCAAAGUGAUCCCAUUACACAGGGCGCAUGUGGUAAUAUGGUCGGAACAAAAGCGUAAGAGAAGCGGCAGGCCUAGCGUCUAAAACAUCGACACGGCUUCGUAAAUCCGAACCGAAAUAUUCGCGGUAACUUUUGGCGGAUUUAUAGGCUUUACUCGCGUGGGAAAUGGAGAAGAAAAGGUGGGAUUGCACUGCUCUCCCCAAGGGCUGGAAAAUGGAAGAAGUGACCAGAAAGUCGGGUUUGUCAGCUGGAAAAAGCGAUGUCUAUUAUUUUAGUCCAUCUGGGAAGAAGUUUCGGAGCAAGCCUCAGUUGGCCCGUUACCUUGGCAACCAGAUGGACCUCAGCUCCUUUGAUUUUCGCACGGGGAAGAUGCUGAUGAGCAAGCUGAACAAGAACCGUCAAAGACUGCGAUAUGAUAACAACAACCAGAAUAAGGGCAAACCUGACCUGAACACAUCGCUCCCAGUCAGACAGACAGCAUCCAUCUUUAAGCAGCCUGUUACCAAGGUUACUAACCAUCCCAACAACAAAGUGAAGACAGAUCCUCAAAAAGCUGUUGACCAGCCCAGACAGCUAUUUUGGGAGAAGAAGCUCAGUGGUCUUAAUGCAUAUGAUAUUGCAGAGGAGCUGGUGAAAACAAUGGACCUGCCAAAAGGCCUACAAGGUGUUGGUCCAGGCUGUACAGAUAAAACUCUCCUGUCGGCCAUUGCAAGCGCUCUUCACACCAGUGCAGCUCCCAUCACCGGACAGCUCUCUGCUGCCGUGGAGAAAAACCCCGGAGUAUGGCUCAACACCACACAGCCGCUGUGCAAAGCCUUCAUUGUCACAGAUGAGGACAUUAGGAAACAGGAGGAGCUGGUGUACAGCGUGAGGAAAAGGCUGGAGGAGGCACUGAUGGCUGACAUGUUGGCCCAUGUGGAAGAGGCUGCCAAUGAAGGAGAGGCUCUGAAGGAGGAGGGCAAUGGGAGCGAAGACAUGGAGAGCGUAUAGCACAGGCUUUGUGAAGUCCAGAAACCACCACACACAGACCAUGAACAGUAGGAGCCCCACACCAGUCCAGCCCUGACGACCUUUCCCCCUAGUGUCUGCAUUCAGCUUCAACCUAAAACUGACGUACGACAGCACAACUUACGAACUGUCCUCCCCUCGCUGAACCCUAAACACUCAGACGUGUCCAUUCAACGUUAACCUCACUGUGCGGGACUCCCUGGCUCAACGCAAAAGAAAUGACUCAACGCGUGAUCGCGUGAUUUUGAGCCCAAUUGAUUUUGUCAAUAAAUUUGUAAUAAUUUCCUAAAAAACAAACAAAAAAGAUCCUAGCAGAAGAACUCGUGAAUAUUAAAAAUAACUUAUCUACAGUGUGUAAUUAUCAGUGUUCGAGGAUAAGUGUAUUUUCUACUAAAAGGCUUCGAAUGGAUUUACAUUUUUUGCGACAAUCAUGUCAAAUCCUGAAGCCUGUUAUUCAGUUUGAAAUGGGUACUUGGGUUUUUUUGUUUUGUUUUUCCUUCUGGGCAGAUUGGAAAUUGAAUGUUUUGUAUUUUCCGCAUGUCUCUUAUUUUUUUAUUUUUUUGACUAUUACUGUGCACUCCAUACGUAGUCCUGACACAACCUGCAGAAGCAAACCAGAAGGAUUCAGUGAGUCAAGCUGCAAUCUGAACGGACGUGGAGGGUUAGUGAAAGUGGCUGAUGUUACAAACACAAAUCAUCAGGUUGUGUAUAAAUCCUUUGGACUCCUCAUUAUUGUAAUUUCAAGGAAAUAGUAUCUUUGUCAGCGGUGUUUUCCUGUGAGUCAUGUUCAGUAUUGACCAAAGAGGAGACAUGUUCUUCUGACCGGGGUUCUGGCAGACUCAGAGUUUAUCCCAUUGGCCCCGCUAUUAUAUUAUUACGACACAAACAAAGCAGAAAACUUACAAGAUGGGGCUGAGCACAACGGGAAAGAAAUGACCUGAAACCUCUUUCUGUUGUACAACUCCUACAGGUUCACUCUCAUUGUCAUUCUAGGUGCUUACUGAUGUUGGGAAACAUUGCUGUUCUGUGCCAAGGCUUUGUUUCCAUCACAGCUUCAGUUUAUUUUUUUAAUGUGUCAAUGUUACCACACACAGGCUGCCUCCUCAUAAACCCACGCACAAAUUAGUGACCGAGCAAAUUCCAGCUUUUAUGUCUCUUCAUUUAAUAUCUGACAAAUAAUUAUUUUCUAAUUCAUCCCAAUUGAUGGUUAAUAAAUGCUGAAAUUAUGGAAUUCCCUUCUCUGUAUCAGCAGGCUGAUUGCUGAAAUUGAUUUGAUUGUAUUACUUAAUAAAAAUGAGUCAGUAUGUCACAAA